AUGAUGCAGAAGCUCUUCGGCGAUCAGUCUGAGGACGCGAAGGAAGAAGACGUCACUUCCGAGCACAAGGCCGCCGCCAACCGCUCCGGCAACCGUUCGGGUGAUAGGGAAGGUGAAGUUGAGGGGCAAGGAAAAGUUGCUGUGGAAACUGAAUCUGAACCACAUGAUUUGGAUGUUGACCAGGGAAAGAAUGAAGGGGGAAGGAUUCAAAAGUCCCCAGAACGAGAAAUUAGCCAUCAAAGGGUGGAGAAUAAGGGAAAAGAUACUGAAAGUGAAGGGAAAGGGUAUGAGCAAAGAGUAGUUAGAAGCAGAAGACAAGUAGUAGUUGCAAGUGAACCAGAGGGAUCUGAGAAUAAUCAUGAUGCUGAUCAUAAUAGUAAAUAUGCAGAUGUUGAUCAAGCUAUGAAGCCAGGGUCAAAAGAUGAGAAAAAGGACCAAAAAGUUGUUCGUGAUGUUUUUAGGGAUUCUGAUGAAGAAGAACCUGCUGAGUAUGGCGCUCAAAAUGAAAUUGGGCAAGAUUCACAUAGAUCACUUAUGGAGGAGGAAGGUAGCUAUGCCAAAGGAUCGGGACUAGAGGAGAUAGUACCGGAUGAUGAAGUGCAGAACAAGUCAGGAUAUGAGAAUCUUGGAAAAAAACCAGGAAAAGCUGUCGGUCCACCAUUGGAAUUGGAAAUUCCGCUGCAUCGCCCACCAGGACAGCCUGACAGGAUGAACAUGAUCAAAGUAACUAAUAUCAUGGGCAUUGAUCCAAAACCUUUUGAUCCUAAAACAUAUGUAGAAGGGGACGCAUUUGUGACUGAUAAAUCUGGGGCUAAGAAACGUAUACACCUAGAGGAUAAUAUUGUACGCUGGAGAGCUGUCCAGAAACCCGAUGGCACUACCUCUUAUGAAAGCAAUGCACGUUUUGUACGGUGGGAAGAUGGAAGUAUACAGUUAUUAAUUGGGAAUGAGGUGCUGAAUAUAUCUGUGCAUGACUCAGACCAUGAUCAAACCCACUUGUUUCUUCGGCACGGCAAGGGAAUCUUACAAUCUCAAGGAAGGCUGCCCCGCAAGAUGAGAUUUAUGCCAUCUUCUUUGUCAUCAAAGUCUCACCGUUUACUCAGUGCUAUUGUUGAAUCACGUCAUAAAAAGGUCUACAAAGUGAAAAGUUGUAAUUCUGACAUUUAUACAGAAAGAGAAAAAGAAGAGAAGGAAAGGGUUGAAGGACAAACAAUUAGAACCAAUGUACUUCAGAAGAAACAUGAAAAAGUGAAUCACAAAUAUCGACAAACUGUGAGCAGAGGACGGCUGCUCUCUCCUGGGUUGUUGGAGGCGGCACUAGAUGAGGAUGAUGAGCCUGAAGACUAUUACAGUUCUUGCAAGUCAGCUUCAGCUCGUAGUUGUUUUGAGGAAAAUACGAAAGGAGAAGCACAGGUUGAGAGAUGCAUAAUUAAUGCAAAAAAGAGGCCAAAUAUACGGAAAAAUCUCACUCGCAAGUCAUCCUUGCCCACUGCUCGUCCAGCAAGGCGCCCAGUAGAGGAACAUCCAGAGAGUGAGGGAGAGGAAUCUGAAUAUGAAAGCAAAGGCCACAAUAUUGAGAAAUAUCCAGCAAAUGAGCCAGAACAUGAAGGUGAAUACAAGGAGAAUGAGGCAGACAAAGAAGCUUCUGGUGCAAAUUUUGUAUCUGAAGAAGAUGAAGAUAAGGAGCCAAGGGAAAAGAUAAAGGGAACUGGAGGCAACAGUCUGAAGCACAAGGAGAUAGAUGGAGAUUCUCCGCCAAGAAAAAAAACAGCAAAUCGUAGGAAGGCAGUUAUCUUUGAUAGUGAUGAAGAGUGAAUGGAAAAAGAACUGCAGUUGGCACUGGGGACGCUAAUUGAUGCAGGUGCUCUGGGCUCUGGUGAGAGACUCUGAACUUGGUGCAGAGGUUAUUGCACAACAAACUGUUUUCACCAUUUUUCUGUUAUUUUGUUAUUUUAAUUUUAAGCUAUAAAGGGCUGGUCCUUGUCCCUUGAGGAACCUUGUGGGUCUUAAAUUUAUCUAACAUAUUUAAUGGUUGAAUAAAUAGUUUACACCUUACCUGGAAUAAUUAUGAACAUA